AGUUUUUUCGAUGGCACUAAUUGAAACACUGGCCCUUAUUACCGGUAUCACUACACGGUGAAAACCAAGUGAAAUGAUUGUGACCCUUAUUAUCGGUAUCACUUCACGGUGAAAAUCGAGUGAAGUGAAUUUAGGUCCUUAGUACGGAAGUCGCUUCAAAGAUAGAAGUAAUUAUUUGUAUGAACUUGAUGUCAUUAUGAACAUCACGCCAUCAACAUUUCGUUGAAAAAAUGAGUUUUUUCCACUACAGUGAUCACGUCACUAUGCGUGAUACUGGUAAUAGGAAAAAUCAAGUGAAGUGACAUGUAAGUGAAGUGAAUGUGAAAGUGGAAGUGAGAACGGUAAUAAGGGCCACUGAAUACUCAAAGACAGGAUACAUUGUUACAAUAAUAAGAAAGCUAAUUUUCAUUCUACAUAAGAACCAGAUUAUCGCUUUCCUAAGUUGGAAGCAAGUUUAGAAGCAUUGGGUAGGUCGUUAUUUUGGUUGAAAAGACACUGACAGAUACAAUUUCUUCCAAACGGACUUUUCUUGCAUAGAAUAGUUCGAUAGUGCUACGAUAAAAGGGUCUAACUGCAAAUUACAUGUUUCUCUUUAUUUACUAUUUCCUUUGCGAUUUACCGGAGUGAUUUUUUAUUUGACGCUUUACUCUUUGCAAAAUUUUCAAGUUAAAACCACAAGCUUUCGAUUUAUAUUGGAAACUUUCGAGAAAAUACUGUAAUGACUCCGUAAUAAUCAAAAGAGAAAGUAAACAAAGAGAGAUUCUUAUUUGGAGUUAGGCCCUUUUGAGUUCUAUCGAGUUUUUUCACAUCAAGUCACUCAAAUUUCUCAGGUUAAAAAAAACCAAGCAACCAUUGAUCAGGAAGAUAAAAUUGCCAUUCGGUGAAAAAAAGAAAUCGCAGAACAAGCGUAAGUAUCAGAAUGCUCUCCGAUAGGGAAGAACAGCUACUGCAACAAAUUUCCAAUCUGGACAUCCGGAUUCAGCAAAUGAAGAAAAUAGAAGAAUUCCCGGAAAAUGUUCGCAAUAGGUUGCAAGCACUGAAGAAACUGCAGUUGGAAAUCCUGGAUCAAGAAGCCGAUUUUCACCAAAAAGUUUUCUCGCUGGAAGUGGAGUACCAGGAACGGUACGCCAAAAUGAACGAAACCCGGCGUCAGAUCGUUACCGGAUCGCCACUCGUUUCCUCUACCGAUCGGGUUGCGACGGAUGAUGCAGCAGAUCAGAUCGCCGGUAUUCCGGAGUUCUGGUUGAACGUUUUCAAAAUGACACCGGUACUGCAAACCAUGAUCCGUGAAGCAGACGAAGAACCGUUGAAAAAGUUGAUCGACGUACGAUCGGUGGUUAGAAAUGAACCGCAGCCAAGCUUUGAGUUGAUCUUCGAAUUCGAACCUAACGAUUUCUUCAAUGAUCGUCUACUGAAGAAAAAAUAUCUUAUGACAUGCAUUCCUAAUACUGAGAAGCCAUUCUCUUACAAUGGGUUUGAGAUUCACGAUACUGUGGGACAUGCUAUCGAUUGGAAGGACGGAGUAAAUCUGACCAAGUUGACAAUGACCGACGAAAGUGGUCGAAAGCACGAGGUAACCACAAACAGUUUUUUCAAUUUUUUCGAUCCGAAGAAAUUCUUCGAAACAGACUCGCUGUUGAGUAUACAGUUUUUGGAAACGGAUUUUGAAAUAGGAUACUACAUCAAGGAGCAGGUUAUUCCGAGAGCAGUGUACUUUUUCACAGGAGAAGCUGACAAUGAUUUGGACAGCGAUUCGGAUUCGUUUGAUGAUGCUAGCCUCGGUGGAGCUUGUAAACCAGUGCCGGACAAGGAAGCAACCGAAAAGCUCACCAACAGCAAGGAAGACAUUGCGGAGCAUGAUAAUUGAUAAUGUAAUAAUAUUACUUUUGUUUGUAAAAAUAAAAUGACUAAGCUUGAGUAAGAAA